GAUAACUUCCAGUCAGUGGUCUAUGUUACACUUUAUAGCCGUGGCACAGCAGCACUUAACCAGUCACACUGCGAAGAAUGGACUUCUUCGGCAGCCACUACAGCUACGACUUCAAUAACACCUUUCUGUAUGACUACUAUUAUGAUGACCAUGCAAAUUACACCACAUUUGAAGAGUUUAAAAAGAUAAAAACUGUUUCAACAACAGUCUCAUAUGUGAUCGCAUGGAUCGUGAUCUGGAUCGGUUUUCCAUUGACCUUAUUGGCCAUCUACGCUCUGUAUUCACUGGUGCGAGAGGACCAUGUGGCUCCAGUCUAUGUUAUCAACCUCCUGAUCUCUGACCUCAUCCAGAUGUGCUGCUUAGUGAUCUGGGUGGCAAAGUCCAGGACAUCUGCAGUCUAUGUCUCCACAUUUAUCUACUACAUUGGUGUGAUGGCCAGUGUUGGCUUCAUGGUGUGUAUUGCCCUGGAAAGGUAUCUGGUCAUUGCCUGCCCGCUGUGGUACCGCUUCAGACGAAGCAUCAAGUACUCUUUGUUUGUCUCCAUGUUCGUCUGGGCCUUAUCUUUAAUCGAGUUCCUUAUCACAUGGCUAACAUCUGACUUGCAUGCACUCGUUUUCCGCACUGUCUUCCUCCUCCUCCCGUUUCCUCUGCUCAUCUUCUUCCUGGCUGGAACCCUCAAAGCUCUGUCUGCGGCCAUUUCUGUUCCUCUGAAAGAAAAACGGCGAAUUGUGGGGACUUUAGUUCUGGUGCUCCUAAACUACACCGUGCUGUUCUGCCCCUGGGUCAUUCGGCUCCUGGGACUGUUAUACAGACCUUCACAUCAUGAUGUCCAUGAUUCAGGUUUACACCUGCCAUUCCUUCGGUUCAGUCCUCUUGCAGACCUGGUCCUGUAUGUCUUCAUGAGGAAAGGAGUUGUAGACAAGCUGUUGGCCCACCUGUGCUGUAGGAGGAUGAGAGGAGAGGAAGAGCAGGGUCAGGUCACCUCCACGGAUAAAAAAGACACAGAAGAAACGUGCUCGGUGUAGACAGAGCAGGGGAGUGAAAGGCUGAGUGAAGUGACCAACCUUCUGCCCCAUUACCUCACUGUCCUAAAAACUUGGAAAAUGUUGGACAACAUGCUCUUGCGCCUCCUUUUGACAUUGCUCUGUGUGCAUCUGCAAGUCAACCAAAGUCCAAUAACUGUUAUAAGAACAUCCAUCAUCUCCCACAUUAGCAAAACUCCACCUUCUUUUUUCUGUUCCAAGUAUGUUUAAAAAAUUUAACCUUUGCUUCACACCUGACAGGCCAACUUCCUAAGUCAUUUGUUGCCAUGCAUGAGUGCUCCUGUUUUGUCUCUGUUCUAAUCCAUGUGCAUGUUUCCUGAGACUGGACUGCGAAAAUCAGUCAAAAUGACCUUUUCUGCCAUUUCUGCAGUGGCAUUUUUAUCCAUCCUUUUAAAGAUGAAUUUGCUUGUGUUGACACUAGGGGCAUAAUCUGUAUACUAUGUGGCAAAAAAGUUAUAAAACAAAUCUGUGUUGAAACGAGGCAUUAACAGCCACCUCAUCAAUCUUUAAAAUGCCCCAUGCAAGUGAAGGUGUUGGUCCCCAGCUGAUCAGACCUUCAGAUACGAAGAGCUGGACCAAAAAAAUCCUUCACAACAGACUUUUUUUUAUUGCACUCACAUUGAAAAUGAGCUCCCAGACAUGAUCUGGAGGAAGGACUUUUCAGCUCACAUGAGAACUUUAAACACUUUUUUUGAACUGGAGGCUAGAACCCAGUCUUAGUACCAAGUCAUCAAAAUCCGGAGCUUGGGCAGUGACUCGUGGUGAGGGACACUGACAAAAAAAGCCGUCUUUAAAUGUCACCAUGAUAUGCAGCUGGUUGCUGUUAUAGUUUAAUGGCGCUUGUCAGCGUGAGGGGAAAACACGGCAGGAGGACAACAAAAGUUAAGGUGGCAAAGAGACUGUAUGCAAACUGUACAUUUCCUGUGAAAACAGAAGUGUAUUUUGAAAACAGACAAUGCAUGUAACAGGCUGAAGUUGACACGGCGUCCCAGAACGUCAACAACCAACACACCCAGGGUACCUUGGACGUCAUAUGUGGACGUGGAAAGUCCAUGACCAAACGUGGACAUGUGACGAGGUCACAGUGAGGAUGAGUUGGAGACAAUGGCCCAAUCCCAAACCAGUCCCUCCCCCCAACCCUAUCCACUACCCCUCCGAUUGUGCGUUCACGCUGAGGUCCACCAUAUUAAGGACCGUCCCAAUUACCACUGAGUGGAAGUGGCUUGUCAAACCACUGCAGACUCCCCAAUGGUUUCAGCAGAAACUACAUCCGGACAAUGGAGGAAACAUCAUUCAAGUAUAAGUUCUGUCUACUUUUUCAAGUAUUUUAGAUCAAACACACACAGUUAUUUCCCUCACACUGACAUCUCAAACUAAAUCAUAGAAUAUGUAGAGUUAAAAGAUCACCAACAAAAAACAUAAAUUAAAAGGAGAUAAUCACAUUGUCUCUAAGGUUGCUUGACUUGUAGCAAACCCACAAAUACCUGUAUGUAUAAAUAAACAUCAUCUACCUCAUAUCUCAUGUUUUGAGAUAUUAUGUGUUUACAGGGACAGUGGAGCAAACAAAACAGCUGAUAGAGCUCAGAAUGAAAAAUGACAGCCUCUUCACAAAGAAGAGAAAUGCUGCAAAACAGGCAUGGGCGUAAGUAUUUGAUUAAUGGUUGUCUGUCUCUGUGUCAGCCCUGUGACAGUCUGGUGACCUGUCCAGGGUAAACCCUGCCUCUUGCCCAAUGUCAGCUGGGAUAGGCUCCAGCCCCCCCGCGACCCUCAAGAGGAUGAAGCAGUGAGAAGAUGAAUGGAUGGAAUUUCACAUGGCACUUUGUAAAUCCUGUUUGUAGAAAAUAUGAACAAGGUUAUUCUUUUAAUUAUAUAACAUUGUAACUCUUAUGUUUAAUUUUAUGUCAUAUUUUGUUCCUGAUUUAACCCAUUUCAAUUCCUAUUGAAAUGUUUUGUCCUUCACAUUGCACUGUUUUGCUUCUACAUUCUGUCCUCAUGUCUGUUCUUUAUUUAUGUAAAGCACUUUGAAUUGUCUUGAGUUUAAAGUGUGCUGUACAAUUAAAGCAGCCCAGCUUUACCUUGCUUAAAUGAGCUAGGUUCUUACACCAAAGACAAGCAUCUUCCUCUCCUUUUUUAUGUUGCGUUGUACAAUAGCUUUGUGAUUAAGGAGAUGGGGCUGCAGGACGCCAUGUCCCACAAGCAGGCCUCCAAAAAGUGGGAAAAUCUUAAAUAAGGUGAAUCAUGUUAUCUCUGGUUAAUCAUUAGUGUUAUUGCUGCUGAGAGCUAACAUACUGUAUAUUAUUACCCACAGGAACUGAGAAAGCCCCCAACAGGGUCAGGAACUGACCGGGGAGAGGACACUCCAAGCACCUGGCCUUAUUAUCUUGAAAUGCAUGAGGCACUGGGGGCAAGGCCUUCAAUAUCCCCUCCAGUGCUUGUGUCAUCAUGCUUGCCAGACCCCACCAUUCCCCCUCCCUCCCCUGCAGAGAGCCCUCCUGACCCCUCUAAUUCCCUCUCCCUCAUCUGCCCCUCAAGCCCAGCUCGUAUACCCGGCCUGAGCCCCUCACCUGACUCUCCCCAGCCACCAAAAGGAGGAGACAUGCACGUGAGGGUGUCCUACAAUUCCUGGAAAAGGAGUCGGCAAAAGAGGACCAGAGACAGGAGGACUUCAAUAAACAGACUGAACGUUUAGUUUCGGCACUUGAGAAAAUGGUGGAUAAAAUGUGAUUUCUUUUUUAUUUUUAUCAAUGAAAUAUGCUGGAAUUUAUUUUGUCUUAGAGUAAACGGGGCGUCGGUGGCUUAGUGGUAGAGCAGGUGCCCCAUGUACAAGGCUGUUGCCGCAGUGGCCUGGGUUCGACUCCAGCCUGUGGCCCUUUGCUGCAUGUCCUUCCCUCUCUCUCUUCCCCCUUCAUGCUGUCCUAUCCAUUAAAGGCUAAAAUGCCCAAAAAAUAUCUUGCUUUUGUUUUUUCUUGGAAUUUAUAAU